CCGCUCCGGCGCGGCCGCUAAUUGCGCAUGCGCAAUGAGAUGAAUGGCCGCAGCACCUGACGGCCCACCAGGAAGUGUGGCGGACAAAUCCUCGGCCGUUAAUCCCCGCUCGUUACGGUAACCGGAGGAGGCUCUGACAGUAGCAUGCACAGCGAGCCGGAGCGUUCAGUCUGACCGUCGGGACCGUUUCCGCUCCGGGCUCGGUCUGCGGGAAAUCUCGGAGCUGUCCGUCUCCUCCCCCCGCCUGUCGGGCUGCAGACCCCCGCUGCUGCUGAGCUGAAGCUCCGUGAAGCUCCGUGAAGCUCCGGGCACGUCCACCCUGACUGCAAUGGGAUGCUGCGGUAGCGCGGAGAGGACAAAGAGAGAAUGGAGACCGCUGGAGGACCGGAGCUGCACCGACCUGCCCUGGUUCCUGCUCUUCACCGUCUUCUGCGUCGGCAUGGGCAGCAUCUGCGGCUUCACCAUCGUCACCGGCGGCGCUGCUCGCCUCGUCUUCGGAUAUGACAGCUACGGAAACACCUGCGGCCAACGCAACGAACAGAUCGAAGGCGUCCGGCUGAGCGGCCUCGACCACAGCGACAGAAAGUUCGUCUUCUUCCUGGAUCCCUGUAACAUUGACAUCGUUCAGAGGAAAAUUAAGUCCAUGGCUCUGUGUGUGUCUCUGUGUCCCACUGAGGAGCUGAAGACCUACCAGGACCUGAAGAGGUUCGCCAUGUUCAACGGUUCUGAGCUGUGCUCCUAUGAGUUGGCAGGUCAUAAAUAUCCUGGUCUCCCUGAGAGGUUCACAAAAUGUCCCAAACUUCCAGUUCCUCCAAGCAAACCGCUACCGGUGUUUAACCGCUGCACACCGGUGGACAUCUCCUGCUACGCCCGGUUUGCGGAGGCUGUGGUGACGUUUGUGGGGGACAACAGCGUUCUGCACCGACUGAUCGCCGGCGUCGCCGCCAGUAAAGAGAUUAUCAUCGGCCUGUGUGUCCUCGCUCUAGUCCUCUCCAUGAUCCUCAUGGUGAUCAUCCGGUACAUCUCUGCUGUCCUUGUCUGGAUCCUCACCUCUCUGGUCGUCCUCGGAUCCCUUGCGGGGACCAGCGUCCUCUGGUGGCUCUACAUCGACCACCGGCUCUACGGGAACGACACCUCCACCAAAGUUACGAAGGAGGGGAAGGAGGAGGUGGAGGUCAGCCAGGACAGCAGCCAGGCGCUGCUGGUCUACGCCGUCGCUGCCACCGUCUUCACGAUCAUCCUGCUGCUGCUGAUGCUGUUCAUGAGGAAGCGAGUGGCUCUGACCAUCGCUCUGUUCCAUGUGGCCGGAAAAGUCUUCAUCCACUUGCCACUGCUCACCCUGCAGCCCUUCGUUACCUUCCUGGCUCUGCUGCUCUUCUGGAUCUACUGGAUCCUGGUGCUGCUGUUCCUGGGAACCACCGGGAACCCGGUCCAGAACGAGGAGACGGGCCUGACGGAGUUCCGGCUGACGGGUCCUCUGCAGUACCUGACCUGGUACCACGCUGUGGGUCUGGUCUGGAUCAGUGAGUUCAUCCUGGCCUGUCAGCAGAUGACGGUGGCUGGAGCCGUGGUCACUUAUUACUUCACCAGGGACAAAAACCGACUCCCGGUGACUCCAAUCCUGUCCUCGGUCUUGCGGCUGGUCCGGUACCACCUGGGCACCGUCGCUAAGGGAUCUUUCAUCAUCACACUGGUCAAGAUCCCCCGACUCGUGCUAAUGUACAUCCACAACCAGCUUAAAGGAAAGGAGAACGCGUGUGCUCGCUGUCUGCUGAAAACGUGUAUCUGCUGUCUGUGGUGUUUGGAGAAGUGCCUCAACUAUCUCAAUCAGAAUGCAUAUGCAGCCACAGCCAUCAACAGCACCAGUUUCUGCACGUCUGCACGUGACGCCUUCGUGAUCCUGGUGGAAAACGCUCUGCGUGUCGCCACAAUCAACGCCGUUGGAGACUUCGUGCUCUUCCUGGGGAAGAUCCUGAUCGUGACGUCUACAGCGUUCGCCGGCGUCCUCCUUCUGAACUACCAGCGGGACUACGCCGAGUGGCUGCUGCCGCUCAUCAUCGUGUGUCUCUUUUCCUUCCUGGUGGCUCACUGCUUCCUGUCCAUCUUUGAGAUCGUGGUGGACGUCCUCUUCCUCUGUUUCGCCAUCGACACCAAGUACAACGACGGCACUCCAGGGAAGGAGUUCUUCAUGGACAAAGCUCUAAUGGAGUUUGUGGAGAGCAGUCGGCGGUUGGAGCGUGCCGUGGAGCGUGGGCGGAGCCGGGUGAAGGAGGCGGUGUCGGAAGGGGCGGAGAUGAAGCCCAUGGCUCCGGGGACGAGUUCAGCUUGACCAAAAUCAGCCAAUGGGACUUCUUAAAAAAGAGACAUUCCAAAUGUUUAUUUUUACCAACGUGUAACAUGUUUACUAUGGUUUCACUCCAGGGAAAACAAUAUUUUAAUAAGAAACUGUAAAAACGUAACAAUGUAAUGAAGCACUUUAUAUUGAAGCGCUGCAGAUUUUAAACCGGCUGAUGCAUUUUUUCGUAGUGAUGUCCUUUUUUAUAAAACUCACUGAACUCAUCGCUCACUCUUUGGUUCCUAACACUUUCAGACACUUUUUUCUUUGUUGGUGAUGUUUCUGUUUUGGAGACGACCUGCCGCUCGCCGACACCACUCCUCACCUGGACCUCCAUGUUGGAUAGUUGUGUCAUCAAAGGGGCGGGGCCUGUGGACAGGUGGAACAGCAGCCAUAAAGCUCCAUCGUCAUGGAAAACUACCUGACUGUCACCGGGACACAAAUCUGAUUGGCUGUCGGAGGCUGAAGCUCAGUGUUUCCGUGUUUAGCGUGUCGUGAGAAGCGUCAGCUGACGACCGUGAGCCGCAAGGUGAAAGUCAUGUGACCAAGAACAGGGAAGUUCCCCCUGACCUCCACACGAUCAACGGAUUAUUUUUUAUCUAGAAUAACUUUCAUAUAUUUCAUACAGCCAAGCAAAGUUCUACCUUCAUACUGUGAAUAUUUCCAGAGUUCCAGAAGUCCAUAGAGGUGGGUCCUAAUUUUACACUUUUUAAUGGACUUUUCCAUCAUUUCUGAGCCUCAGAGCUUCAUCAGUCCAGCAGAUAGAACUAUGACAUUGAGGAGGAGAAACAUAUGAGUUCUGAUCAUAAACUGAAAUUAAUUAACUAAAAUCACCACAAAAACGGCCAAAAUUGCCACAAAAAGACACAAAAUCACCCUAAAUAGAGCCAAAACUACCUUGAAAGCUUCACAUAUGCCAGAAAAACGCCCAAAAUCACCACAAAAAGGACAAAAAUCACCACAAAACAGGUGGAAAUGUGACAAAAGAAAAUGUAGCACAAAAAAAUCAACCAAGGUUCCUUCCUGACCUCCUCAGAACAUCUGGUUCUUCAUGUCCAGUAACUUUAUUAAUGAUCAUACUAUGAAUAUUUCCAGAGUUCCAGGUCCUUGAAGUCCAUAGAGGAGGGUCCAGAUUUAUCACUUUAAUGGACUUUUUCAGAACUUCAUAGUCCAGCAGAUAGAACCAGGACAUUUAGGAGGAGAAACAUCUGAGUUCUGGUAGAAACUGGAACCAGAUCAGUUUAAAUCCAUCCAGGAGUCACAAUCUAAAGACUGAAUCUGUUUUUUUUAAAUCAUUUUUUCUGUAACCAACUUUGAGCAUCAAUAUUAUGGGAUGUAUCAUAAUUUGAGGGCCAUAAAAACCAGCAAUGAGACAGAAAAAGACCAGCAUAAGAACAGCGAGGUGAAAAAGAACAAAGACGAGACAAAGCGACUGCAAACCAACAAAACUGUCUGUCAGAGCUUAUGAAGGCUGUAAAACAUCAAUAGCUGAAUGAAGAGCCUCGUUUUUAUUCUACCUGUGGACAGUCAGAAAAUGUUAGACAUGAUUAUUCAGGAUUUUUACUUUAUUGUAGAAUAGAUGGUCAAAGAAAAGUUCUUUUUUUCUCAUGUGUUUUGUGCUCAGAAGACAUUUCUGAGUUGUCUCCUUUGUGGUUCUCUGGUUUCCAGAGAGCUGCAGGUAAAAACGAUCAUCAGUCACACUGAAGCUCAGAGCUUCCUUUUUACCUUCCAGCCGGAUUCCUUUUAUGUCAAAUCUACGUUUUUGUGCUGAACAAAAAACAGUUUUAAUUUUCAGAUUGUGACACUUGUAGUGGAUGUAAAACUGAUUCUGUGUGCUGAAGUUAAGCUAAAAAAAGAUGGACAGAGUCUUUAGAAAACCUGAAAUCUGCACCCUGUCCUGUGUACUUCCAGGGCUUGUAGUUCCUGAAUAUAUUCAUAGUAUGAAGGUAAAACUUUGCAUGGCUUCAGUGACUGUACGAAUGAAUAAGCUGAGUUCUGUUUGUCCGAUCCAUCAGACAACUUCAUUUCACAGAACUGCAAAUUCUCUUGAAAUGUGAGUAAAAGUUCAGCGUUCAUUCUGGCAGUCUGAGCUCCUCACCCUAUGUCUAAGGUCACAUAAAAAGAAAGGAAGUUUUCACACAGGCUAGAUGUGUCUCUGACCUCUGAUGCUUAAGUUUGUCAUAUUAUCAGUCAGUAUCACAAAAUCAGAGCACAACAACAAGACAAAAAAGUGGUAAACUGUCAACUGCUCUGCAUGAGUUUGAAAUUAUCGUCAUUUUGCAGAAUUACUUUAAUAGUAAAUAAUGUAGAAAACUUGUUUGGCCGUUCUCCUCAAAGUGAUAAAAACUGCCCAGAAGUACUCAGAGCUUGUUCAAAGAGACUCAGAGGUUUUUCAGAUGUCCUAAAAUGUUUUCAAAGUGACAAACAUGUCUAAAAUUAUCUGAGACCUUUCCAAAAAUGGAAAAAUACAAUAAAAAUAACAAAAUGAGUCCAAAUUGAUUAACACUUGUCCAAGAUCCCAAAGAAACACGUCUAAAAGGAUAGUACUGUCUAAAAUGAAUAAAACCUGCCCUAAAUUAUAAAAAUGACUCAAAAACUUGUUGAAACUCACUCAAAGAUUAAUAAAAAUAAUCCAAAAAUGAUCAAAAUUGACUCAAAAUUUGUUCAAUAUUCUUUCAUAUUUUUAAAAAAAGUUUAAUAUUUGUUUAAAAUGACUUGAAAUUUAUCCAGAAUAAUUCAAAAAUUGUCAAAAAUGAGAAGAUUUGUCCAAGACAGAAAAAAUCCAGCAGACUGGCUUCAAAUCGAUCUCCUCUACGUGACAGCAGCUCACUGUAGUCAGAGUGGAAGGUUCUGGAUGUAAACUGUGCUGCUGACAGAGACAAAAGGUUCAGAACCGUCUGUUAGAAGAUAUCUGCUGCCUUCGUCCAUUUGUCCUGCUCAUGACCUCCAUGUUCACAUUUUCCUUUUCCUAACACAGUUUGAAGCAAACACCAGAGAGCAGCUCCAGAAGCUCAGCACAUUCUGAGCAGCUUCUCUGUGUUUUGCCUUUUAAAUCUGCCUUUCAGCUGCUGCAACACAUCGGCUGUCCUUCGGUCACAUGACUCUCACCUGCUCACCUGGCAGUCGGUUGAGGCUCUUCGUUGGACGUCCAGCCACAGCGUUUCCGCAAACCGUCGCCUGGAUGGGAUCUCUAAGUCAACGUGUUGUUUCCAUUACAAUCCACAGAAGAAGAAGGUGGAGGGAUGUGUGGGCGGAGCCUGCAGAGGUCAGACAGUCAGCAAUAAAACAAACUGCAUCAUGUGAUUGCAUCAGAAACAACAAGUCUUCCUGCUUCUGUUUGUUCAUCGUCGUGUCAGACAGAAGGUCUGACCAACCAGCUGUCUGAGCUGUAAUGUUCUCUCAUGUCCAACGAGGCAACGCUUUGGCAACCUGAGCAACAAAUUCUGAAAGCUCAGAGAAAAGCCAGUAAGUCGACUGUUGAUUUGCUGAAUCACUUCAAAUCCUUCAUUAUCACUGAGUGAUGGAAGCAGUGCUUUUGCUGUCCUGGUCACCCAACAUGUUGCCUUGUUGCCCUGCAGGUUGAGCUGAAUGUGAGGCUGAAUCCAAGCGUCCUCCCUGCAGACCAACACACUGAACCAAAGCAUGCAGGGUUAGCUUAGUCAUCAGGACUGAACCAAAGGACUGAAACCAGAUGAGAUGUGAUCAGGAAGUUCAGACAUGAUUAACAUGAUCUCCUAAACUGAGUCCAAACAGAAGGGACAAAUGUGGAGUUAAACUGGUUGUCAUCAGCAUCCUGACAGCUGUGGUGGUUUGUUCUCCUUCAGACUGCUCAGGAUGUUCCAGGAGAAGUCCAGCUCACAUUACCAACCAGCUGAAUGCUGAGGAAAAGAAAAAAAAGAAAUCUGUUUUUCCAAAAUUUAAAAAAAGGAAAAAAAAUGGCAAAAUCUACCCGAAAUGAAAUAAAAUGUGUUUAAAUGACUAAACAUUUGUCUAAUGUGACUCAAAAUGAGUUAAUAAAAAAAGUCCAAAAUGACUUAAAACAUGUUCAAACUAAUUACAUUUCAUUUUUAAAAUGUGGCCAAAAUAACUUCAAACUUUUUCAGAAUUAUCUGAAAUAACAAAACCUUCAUCAAAACAAGUGUCAGGUCAAAAAAAAAGAGCUUCACAUCCUGUAGAUAUGGAACUAUUUCCAUUCUAAUUAGCUUCCAUCCUCUGAAAACCUGCUCACACCUCAGUCUGUCUUGGGAAGAAAUUUUAGUUUUUUUGAAUCUCAUUAGAGCAAACAAGUUGUUUUUGGUCAAUUUUUAAAUGAGACAUGCAGGAUGAAGUAAAUGUGAUGGAAUGAUUUGAAGCUCAGACUUUGUUCAGAUCUGAUCAUUCUUUCUGUUUUUACAGUUAUUCAGGUGAUCCUUUUCAAGAGCAUCAGAAAGUUCAAUCAGAGAGUUAACGCCGGCUGCUGCUUAACCGACCAACCAGUGAGCAGCAUCAGAACAUGGAGAUGAAGCUGUGGUGAACGGCUUCAGGCUUUCUUCUCAGUGUAAAGUCUGCAGGUUGGACGUUUGUUGGGUCCAGUCGGUUGAAAGAGCUCAGUUUGUUCUCACCUGCUCACGUGUUUCUGUCUUGAGUUGUAAUCGGUGCGGCUGAUUGGCUCUGACCGGCGGUUUUCAGGCUGCGACUGCUCCCAUCAUGCACCUCCUGUCUGCCAAACACCUCCUUCACUUUAAACACACUAGUUUCAGCCAUGAGGACAAACUGAAGAGCCUCUCCUCCAGAAACCAGACCUGAUGUGAGACUCAGGUUACUGAGGAAAAGUUCUCUUCCAGGAGUUCUCUCAUGUGCAGAAACCAGACCUCACUCUGAGAUUUAGCUUGGAAAUAUUAAGAGCAUGUGUGUUAAACAGCUGCGAUGGCAGAACUCGAUGCUCCGAGCAUGUUAACUAAUUGCACUAAAGAUGGAGUUCAUUCAACACUGACGUCAGUUUAAAGUAUCUGUAGAGUAUUUUAGAAGAACAGUGUUCGUAGCUCAGAUAUUAACACACACACAGACAUACAUUCAUGUUCAGACAUCCCCAAAAGACAAAACCUUCAGAGCAAUCAACGGAAAUAUUUAGUAUAGUGUGGAUUAUGUGACCGCUGUUGCCAGGCAGAUUAAUCUGCAGGAGCUGCACAGUUUCAUUCCAACAGCAGACAAACAGGACUCAAGUGGAUUGUGGUGACAGAUUCAAGCCGACGUUGCUGAUUACUGUCUUUAUUAUCUGGAUAAAAACAUCCCUCCAGUGCAGCCACACGUUACGUCCUCACAUCUUGUUUUGUAAAAAGAUUCAGUUCAUUGACAUAGAAAACCCAAAAGGUACAUUAAUAUGUGGAAAAAAGUAAGAACAGACAAUCUGAUGGGUCUGAAAUUUCCCUGAAAAUGCUUCCUGAAAAUACUUAAUUCUAAGAGGAGAAUGAACAAAUAUUUCUGAAUUAUCCACCUUUUAUUAGAACUUUUAUUCUUCACGUGUUGAACCGUGUGUCUGUCACAGUGUCAGCUACAGUUUGACAUUUAUUUUCCCCUGAAUACUUAAUAAAUAUCAGUCCAUUAUCUGCUUAUUUUAGGGCAGAAGGACUGUAAACGGAUGACAGACUUUACCUAACUGAUCUGAUUGGCCUCUUUCGUCAUUUUGAGUUGUUAACUCCAGCAGACUGUGAAUGUUAAACACAGAUCGCUUCACCAUAAUAACGCAGACACUGCAAGCAUUCAAAGUGUUAGAAAUUUGCUCUGGAUAGUGGCAUUUUUUAGAAUAUUAUUCUGUGUUUUUAAGGGAAGCUCUAAAACUGUAAUAGAGUUUUUCCUAAAGCAGGUGGGAAAAACAACAAAGCUUUGAAUACCCCUAGCUCAUACCACAUCGUUAUGCAGAUCAGAAGAGCUGUUCUCAUACGCUCUACAGCUGAACUAAAGUUACUGGAAGUGUGCCAAUAUAAUCAAACAAGGCUUCCAGCCAAAGUAAAAAAUAAAUAGUUGUCAUCUCAAAGUUGCAAACAAAAGAUUUCCAUGUUUUUAAAACUCUAAUCAAACCUUUGCCUUCACCUUACUGCCUGGCUCUCAUAUGGACGGGUAUUUUCAAGCGUGCAUUCCCAUUGGCUGAUAACUUAUUUAGUCACAGUUCAGUAUUUGCAUUCUGCUAUUUGUUGGCUUCUCUCCUGCUCUCUGUGCUCACCUAUUUCCAUGUCGAAGGAUCCUUGGAAAAACAUUCAGAAGCCACAAGCUUUCUUUCUUAUUUUUUCUCUCAUAGUUAGAAACCUCCUUCUGUCCUUUAAAACAUCACCAGCCAGUGGGAAUCCUACCUAGACUGAACGAACAGUGAACUUCAUGGCUCAGGGGAUGAGACCGUUCUACACAACAAAGCUAAACAACGCUGUGCAGAAUGGUCUGCAGCCUCAUCAUCAUUCCUCCGUAGGAAAAACAUUCUUUGUAUUUCUUUAAUGCAGUCAGAAUCUUGUUGGGCGGAGCUGAGAAACAGACAUGACUCAACGGUGUUCCUUCAGAAUAGUGAUGGGGGAACUGCUUUGGUUGAACAUUUGCAGCAGGGAGGCGAGAACGGUCAUUAAAAUGCAUAAUUCACCACUGAGCCUGUUUUCCUGCAGGAUCCAAACCCAUGUUAAUGUUCAGGAACAGUCAGGAACACAGAUGAUGUUCCAUGAUAAAAAGGAGGAAUGUUCUCAAGGCCUCACAUGUAUUUCUGUUAUGUGAUGUAUUAACAACGGUGGAACAUUCUCCCUGUAACGUUUUAGGGACACUGUUGUGGGAUUAUAGAAUCUAUUCAACGUUCCCACAGUGUUACAUGAUAACAAAGAAAAGAUGGUUCUCAGUGAAACAUUCAAAGAUAAGACAAUGGUGUGACAACACCAAACGUCUUCAGUUACUCCACUUUUAAUAAAAACAUUCUGAGAACUAAAAUGAAACUUCCUCCAAAAAUUAAAACUUAGAAAAUUAGUGGCAGAACUUUCUCAGAACCUUUUCUGAAACAAAAAAACUAACUAGCUUCUAUGUGGAUUUCUGAUAAACUUCAUUGUAAUGUCCCAUUCUUUGUCCCGCCCAAAGCGACUGCUUGGUUUAAUGAAAUAAAAACACACCGGAGCUUUUUUUUCCUCCUGUAGCAGAAUGACUGGUGCAGCAGACCAUUCUAUAUGAGCCCACUGUUUAGAACUGAAAGACACCAACCAGUCCAGACUGUUGGAAUGAAACGUUUCAGCUCUUCUGCCGCCUACUGACCAAUAAUCUGCUUUAUUCACCCGCUCCAACCAAUCAGCCCCCAGAGGAGAAGCACUGCAUGGAUAUGUGGGGUCGACAGGUGAGCUGGAGUUAGGGAUGCUCCAAUCAGAGUGCUCCUUGUUGAUCCAGUGUGAUCACAUGAUCUCACUUACCUGGUGAAGGUGUGUGGAGGAGGUGGCAUCAGCAGGAAAGUCUGAACACAUCCAGACACUUUGCAGAUGUUUGUAUCUGUUUUGUGAGUGUGACUUGAAGCAGUCCUUUCCGUUUUUAAAAACAGCACAGUGAACCACUAGUUUCAGUCAUUUAGCAGCUCAUUUUCUGUAUGUUGUUAUUUUUAAAACAGUAAGGAUUUAGAAAAGGUUCGGGUUCUUUCCUGUUUCAAGUUGAUUCCAGUGCUUCGGUUUUAUAAAAUACUGCUUUUAAAAUGAAUCACUGGUUUAUUGUCAUGUAGUCAGUAAGGUCUUAGGAUCUGAUGACAAACCAAACAGUCAUUUCCUGCAGCAGACAUUAAAUUAUUCUGAAUUUGAUGACAAAACAAAGGAUUAGGGCGUCAUAAAAUGUUUUUUACUGUUAUAUUGAUGCGUCUGAGAGCUGAUGCUGACAGAACCAGACGGGUGUUGGAUGGCAUAGAUCACAGUAAGCCAGAAGCGUUGCAGUAUCGACGUCUGAUCUGUGCUGCUGGCAGCAUGGAGGCGUAAAAGUUCACCUGUGAUUCAGCUGCAUUGGCUGUUGAAUUGAAGUCAGAAAACCUUUGGUUAUUUCUGAGGAGUGUCGUACACUGUGGAUGGACAAAGCACAGGAUUUCUGGAGAAUUUAGGACUUCAGUGUGUUUGGGCUGUGUCCAUCGAAAACAUGUACAAAUCUGCAGCGACUACUUCAAUUACUGUCAAGGAUUAAUGACUGCAUGUGAACCUUCAUGAACACAUCAGAGGGCAAGAUUUACACAGAAAGCAAGAACUGGGCUUCACACUGGCCUUUCCCAGAUAGCAAACUAUGGGUGAAUCAAUGUUGAAUCUAUGUUGAGACCUAACGUAGAAAUUAUACAGAAAGCGCAAGGUUGAUAAAAUGUUGAGUCAACGUUUGCUUACAUAGAUUACAUGUUUGCAAACAUAGAUUCAACAUUAAUUAAACAUUGACCUGUCAAACAUUUUAAUUAAACCAAAAUACAACGUAGAUUCAAUGGUAUCUUUUAAACACAAACUUCAAUGUUGACAAAAUGUUGUUGAAUCAACGUUGAUCCAACCAUCAGUCUUCAACCGUAACCACAAUUCAACCUUCUUAACCCUAAUUCAACAUUGAUUUAACAUCUUUUGCUAUCUGGGUAAAGUGUGAUUUAUGGUUGAAAAGCAAACGUUGAUUCAACAUUUUAUCAACCUUGCGCUUUCUGUAUAAUUUCGACGUUAGGUCUCAACAUAGAUUCAACAUUGAUUCACCCAUAGUUUGCUAUCUGGGAAAGGCCUUUUGUGAAUAGGAAUUUAUUUACAUAAAGUUGCCCAUGCUCUCUGUCAAUAUUCAUUCAGCCAUUAGUAUGAACAAAAUACUGUGGACAUGUUUCUCUAUGCUGAUAAAGUCAUUUUAACCAUUACCAUUCAGAUACAUUGUCCUGAUGGUCAUUAUCCACCACAGAAGUCUUUGUCAUGGUGCCCGCUGAUAGCUCAGCCGUGGACAUGGACGUCCACAGAGGGCUCUAUGGAAAUCUGUGACAUGUGACAGAAAGCAUGCAUUGGUCUAACUAUGACGUUUGUCAGACUGUGGGUAGAAGCCGUUGACACAUCUUUCUCUUUCUGCUAUCUACGUGUUGCUGUUUUCAAACAGUGACGAUGGAGAGCUUUGCUGAGGGUUUGGAUUGGCAGUAAAACAGCCCUGCUAGUGUUUUUUCAGUGAAUUAUCCAUUUAAAUGACACUUCUCACCUCCCUGCUGCAAAUGUUCCAUCAAAACAAAUCCCCUUGUUGGUGUUAAGAGUGGACAUUAUUCAUCUUUCCUGUUCUUAGACAGCCAAGAUUAUUGCAAAAAACUCAGAUUUUUUUCAGUGAAAUGAGACAGAAGUGUAGUCAGCCCAUUCUGCACAGCACUGUUCCAGCCUGGUGUAGAAUGGUCUGACUAUGUGACACUAGAAAGUCCAUUAAUUGUUCCUCCGUGCUCUAGGUUUGUUCAGGGAUGUGACCCCAUUGGCUGAUGUGAUUUUAAGUGACUGUUAUGUUUGGUGCCAGAUGGAGUUUGCUCACUGUGGGAAAAAAUAAGAAAGAUGUCCCGUGGAUUCUAACUUUAUCUCUGAGUGAUCCAAACUGGAGCCACAUCUGGUUCAUAGCCCCAUACGAGGUGAUUGUAAGCGGUCUGACGAAAUGCUCAUGUGCUUUUUGGACUAGCAGAAUGACAGCCAUGUGCAGCACACCAUUUUACACAACACUUUUGCUUCUCUGCUUCACUUUUUCUGAUGUGACAUGUUUCCAUUGGAGCGUCCCUAAUUCUGCAUUUACUAGCUGCCUUUCUAACUCUAGUAGUAGAUUUUAAACAAGGCAACCUAAGGACUGUUGUGCGGCUCCCUCGGCCCCAAUCACAGCAGAUGAAGGGCCCACCUUGUAGAUUAGCUGAUCCAGAACAAGUUGCAUGUCCACGUUUUCCAGCUGCGUCGUCUUCGUGCGGUGUGAAUAAUCUGCCGUUAGAUUCACAGGACUAAAAACUCUGUCUCCUUCAGACAGGACUCUUAAAUGUGUCUCGACGAAGGACGGCUGCGUAGCAAAAAGAACAAGUUCAGAUUUUAGGCCAACACAUGAGUUUAACUGUCAGGUGUGACACUAGUGUUUAGGUUUUCUCUGCAGUAAGAAGUUGUUUGUAACCUUGAAGAACUGUUUCUUUGGCUCUGGGUUGGUUUUCUUUUUAUAUUUAUCAUUUCUUAUGAAUGUUUGUUUUUUAAGAAAAAUAAUAAAAUAGAACAUUUUAA